ACCCAUGUUCCUGGUGGCAGUUCCCUGGAAUAUCAGGCCUGGAGCAAACGUGACUGUGGGGGUAGCUCUGCUGCCGGACAGCCCGGCACAGGUCACCGUAAGGGGAGAAGUGAUCAGAGAUAACGAGACCGUCUUGAGCAGGCAAAUGGUCUUUGAGAAAGAUUCCUUUGGGACCCUUGUUCUUCCAGUACUGCCUUUGAACAGUGCUUCUGGGAAUUAUGAAUUACUGGUGGAAGGUCAUGCUGAUGGCCGGCUCAUCUUCUCUAACCGUACCAGCUUGAUGUACAUGGCAAAGAGCAUCUCUGUAUUCAUCCAGACUGAUAAAUCUAUGUAUAAACCGGGACAAGAUGUGAUGUUUCGGAUUGUCACUGUCUAUCCUGAUCUCAAACCUUACAAAGCGUCUCUGAAUAUAUAUAUCCGAGACCCUCGGAAGAAAUUGAUUCAGCAGUGGUUGAUGGAGGAGGGCGAUAUGGGCGUAGUUUCAAAAAAAUUUCAGUUAUCAAUGAACCCUCCACUGGGAGACUGGUCCAUAGAGGUGGAAGUGAACGGUCAAGUUCAUUAUCAAAGAUUUAAAGUGAUGGAAUAUGUUUUACCAAAAUUUGAUGUUAUGAUAACAACACCAUUAUACUACUCUUUGAGGGAGGAAGAUGUAACUGGAGUUGUCACUGCAAAGUACACGUAUGGGAAGCCAGUAAAGGGAACUGUAACAGUCACUUGCCUUUCUGUCUCUUACUGGACAAACAAGAGAAAUAUAACAACAACAAUGGAGAUAAAUGGGUCUGUGAAUGUAACCUGUAACAAGCUUAUGUUGCAAAACUUGAACACUGAUCAGUCGUGGCACCAAGGUGACAGUGAUUACACAGAGCCUAUAGAAAUUAUCGCAGUGGUCACUGAGUCGCUCACAGGAAUCUCCCGAAAUUCAAGUACCGUCAUAUUUCCAAAGCAAAGCGACUAUUUUAUUGAGUUUAUGGACUACUCUAGAGUUAUAAAACCUUCUCUGAACUUCAUAGCUACUCUAAAGGUGACACGUUCUGAUAGCAACCAGCUGACAGCUGAAGAGAGGCAGAAUCUUGUCACAAUCACUGCACAACAGUCAGACCUACUUUUUCACCACUCUUCACUUUCUCACCUUGAGAAUGAGGCAACAGAGGAGAGAAAUCUGACAGUCCAUGUCCUGAAUUACACUGUCCCAGAAAAUGGAAUAAUUGAUAUUGAGUUUCCAAUCCUGUCUGAUACAAAAACUCUGAGAGUUCAGGCGAAGUUCCUCAGCAGUAGGACUGACAUAGGUGUUUAUGAUGUGUUCAGCUCCCCUAGCCAGACUUAUCUCCAGGUUAAAACAAAGAGCCAGGAUAUAAAGGCUGGGAAGCCUUUUGAGCUGAGCAUUGCAAGCAACAAGCCAGUGAGAGAGUUCCACUAUCUGGUGUUAUCUAAGGAACAGAUUAUGGAUUUUGGCACAAAGGCUGCAAAAACAUUCACUUUAACAGCAGAAAAUUCCUGGGCUCCUUUGGCAUGUAUACUUGUAUUCUACGUUGAUGAGCUUGGAGUGGUUGUAAAUGAUGCUCUCACUGUCCCCAUUCAGCCUGCUUUGGAUGACAAGAUUAAAAUCUCUUGGAGCAAAGAUAAGGUCAAGCCGUCUGAGAAGGUCUCCCUUAAAAUCAGUACAACAGAACCAGGAUCAGUAAUUGGACUUGCAGUUGUUGACAGAAGUACAAAGCUUCUAGGAGAAAGUAGUGACAUAACAGAAGAUUCUGUCUUCCAUGAACUCAAUUUAUACAGCACGGUGCAGUAUUUCCCCCUGGUCAGAGGUUCUUUUGGUGUCUUUCAGAAAUGCAGCCUUUGGGUAUCAACUGAUGCAAUUCUUGAGGAGGAUAAGGAACAUUUUCUUUAUGGUGGAAUGAUACCCAUAGAGGAUGGUUUUGGUGAUGAUAUGCCAGUAUCUAAAAAUGGACCUCCUGAUUUCAGCAGUCUCUAUGUGAGGACACAUUUUCCGGAAACUUGGCUUUGGAUCGACACUAAAACUAGAUCUGACACAGACACCACAUUGGAAGUCAUUGUACCUGAUACCAUCACAUCCUGGGUAGCCAGUGCUUUUGUGAUGUCUGAAAACAGCGGGCUUGGAGUGACGGCUGCUCCCGUGGAGCUAGAAGCUUUUCAACCUUUCUUCAUUUUCCUGAACCUUCCGUACUCCGUCGUUAGAGGAGAGCAGUUCGUUUUGGAAGUGAACAUCUUUAAUUAUUUGAAAGAAGCAGCUGAGGUUACUGUGAUCCUGGAUAUGAAUGAUGCUUUUGAAAUUAUUCUAACGUCCAAUGAAAUAAAUGCUACAGAAAAUCAACAGUCUGUAUCUGUACCAAGUGAAGAUGGGAAAACUGUUCAAUUCCCAAUCAAGCCGAAACAGCUGGGAGAGAUUCCCAUCAAAGUGACAGCAAUAUCAUCUGCUGCUUCUGAUGCUGUCAUCCAGAAAGUUUUAGUAAAGGCUGAAGGAUUGGAACAGGCAUAUUCUCAGACAGUCCUUUUGGAUUUGACUGGGAAUAAACCACAAGCAGUGUCAAAAACUUUGGAUUUCACUUUUCCUUCUGAUGUUGUAAGUGGCAGUGAGAGAGUGCAGGUCACUGCUGUUGGUGAUUUACUUGGGCCUUCUAUCAAUGGUUUGUCGUCAUUGAUUAAGAUGCCUUAUGGCUGCGGUGAACAGAAUAUGAUCAAUUUUGCUCCAAAUGUUUAUGUUUUGCAAUACCUGACUAAAACCAGGCAGCUGAGAGAGGAUAUUAAAUCCAAAGCUGUAUCAUUUAUGAGAAAAGGCUACCAGAGAGAGCUGCUUUUCCAGAGGGAUGAUGGCUCUUUUAGUGCCUUUGGAAAUGAAGAUCCCUCUGGGAGCACGUGGUUAUCAGCUUUUGUAUUAAGAUGUUUCCUUCAAGCUCGUCCGUUCAUAGAUAUAGACCAAGAUGUACUCAUGGAUACAGCCAAAUGGAUUGUUCGGCACCAGAAGUUAAAUGGAGAAUUUAAUGAGCCUGGGAAAGUGUUACACAGUGAUCUUCAAGGAGGCACCAAUAAUCCAGUUACUCUCACAGCCUACAUCAUGUCAUCCCUCCUAGGGUUCCCAGAUAAACAGCAUGCUUAUGUCAUCAAGAGUGCUACAAACUUUCUAGAAGAUAAAUUAGAAGAAGGCAUUUCGGAUAAUUACACUUUGGCACUUGUGACAUAUGCAUUGUCCUGGGCAAAAAGUGCAAAAGCAAAGGAAGCACUGAAUAUACUGAACCACAGAGCAGAACACCAAGGAGAAUUUCGUUUCUGGGUAACGCCUGCUUCUGAAAUGUCUGAUUCUUGGCAGCCACGGUCCAUCGAUAUUGAACUUGCAGCGUAUGCUCUGCUCUCGCACUUUCAUCAAGACAGAUUAGCAGAGGGGAUCCCUAUUAUGAAAUGGUUAAGUCAACAAAGAAAUCACCUUGGGGGAUUUUCAUCUACUCAGGACACUGUGGUGGCUCUGCAAGCCUUGAGUCUAUUCGCAACUCUCACUACUGCGGGCAAAACAGAAAUGGAUGUAACAGUGACAGCACCUUCUUUGAAAAUGCCAGAAACAUUUUCAAUUGAUACGCGAAACCGUUUUCUGCUUCAGACCAAGGAGAUUGCCCCUGCACAACCAAUGACAAUGACAGUGGCAGCAGAGGGAACAGGAUUUGGUGUCUUUCAGCUCAAUGUUAUUUACAACACAAAGCACACUGAUCAGAGGCUCAGAUCUGUCCGAACACCAGAAGCCUUUGACUUGAAUGUUGAUGUAAAGGAUGACAAAGACGAUAAAAACCAUUUGACUUUGAAUGUGUGCACAAGGUACUUGGGUUCUGGCACAGCUCCCAGUAGUGGUAUGGUCCUCAUGGAGGUUGGCUUACUCAGUGGUUUCUCUGUGUCACCAGAUUUCAUUCCAUUACACAAUACAGUUAAGAAGAUGGAAAAGGACAAUGGAAAAGUCAACCUAUAUUUAGACUCUCUAAAUGAAACAAAGGUUUGUAUGGAUAUUCCGGCUGUGAGAGACUUCAAAGUGGCAAAUAUCCAAGAUGCUUCAGUGACCAUAGUGGAUUACUAUGAACCUAGGAGAAGAGCCGUGAGAAGCUACAAUUCAGAAGUGAUGCAAAGUGUAACCCCUUGUGACUUCUGUGAAAGUGACUGCAGUCUUUGCCACCGAGGUGGUUCUUCAGCCUUGCUUCAGCACUCUUCAUUGGCCUCCUUGUUCUGUGUGCUGUUUGUCCUUCAUGUAAACUUGCUGUGCAGUUGGGUGCUGUAA